AUGUUUGAAUAUCUUCAAGUUAUUAGAGAGGUUAAUGUUGGAGACAUGGCACAGGCACUUUUACCUACGUUUCCUAUGACAGUGUACUAUGGAAACGAAAGGGUGUUCAAUGGUCGUGAAUUUAAGGCAUGUGAUGUUGACAUUGCUCCAAGGGUUUUCAUUGGAGGCGGACCAAGCGAGUUGUACACGCUGAUUAUGAUUGAUCCAGAUGCACCAGACCCAAAUGAUCGUCUCAUGCAAUGUGUUGUUUUUAGGAUUGUGUCCAACAUUCGUGGCGGGACUUCACAUUCUCAAGGCACUGAAGUUGUACCAUACGAGGCAUCUAGUCCUGAAGUUGAUAAGCUGGUGGCGCUCAAUGUCGCAGCUAAUACCCCUGUUGUUGCUACAGAUGUUGUCACUCUCGCUAUAUCCUCAAUUCCUCAUGAUAACUAG